GUUAUAAUGAGCGCAGUCUAGCCCAAACCAUGAAAACUCCUGUGUCAUCAACUUUUGCUCCAGUAACAUCUUCCAGUCCACUACCGAUCUUUACUACCACAGUUGGUGGCACUGCUAGCCUGGAAUCUUUCCUUUUAAAUUUCACCAUCAUCAACUUACUCUACACAGAAGACAUGGGGAACCCAGGUUCUGACAAAUUCAACUCUACAGAGAGGGUCCUUCAGCACCAGAUCGGUCUCUUGUUCAGGAAAAGUAGCAUUGGCCCCUUCUACACUGGAUGCAAAGUGACUUUUUUGAGACCUAUGAAGAAUAGAUUUGCAACCGGAGUGGAUUCCCUGUGUACCCAUCACAUUGUCCCGGCCAACACUGUCUUGGACCGAGAGAAAAUUUACAGGGAGCUGAGCAGGGAGACACAUGGUAUCACCAGGCUGGGUCCCUACGUCCUGGACAAGGAGAGUCUUUACCUUGAUG